AUGUCAACUUUCCAGAAUAUCACAAGUUCUCCCAUCAUUUUCCUGCUCACUGGUGUUCCUGGGCUGGAAGCCUUCCACACCUGGAUCUCCAUUCCCUUCUGCUUUCUCUAUGCAGUGGCCCUCUCGGGAAACAGCCUGAUCCUAUUCACCAUUACCUCCCAGCCCAGCCUCCACGAACCCAUGUAUUACUUCCUCUCCAUGCUGUCCACCACUGACCUGGGGCUGUCCAUCUCCACUCUAGUCACCAUGUUGGGGAUAUUCUGGUUCAAUGCCAGAGAGAUCAGCUUCAAUGCCUGCUUGUCACAGAUGUUCUUUAUUAAACUCUUCACUGUCAUGGAAUCCUCAGUGCUGCUGGCUAUGGCAUUUGAUCGCUAUGUGGCCAUCUCAAACCCCCUUAGGUAUGCCACUAUUUUAACUGACUCCAGAAUAGCUUGGAUUGGAGUGGCAAUUGUUAUCAGGGGAACCCUAAUGCUAACACCAAUGGUUUCACUUCUUCAAAGACUAUCCUUCUGCCGCAGUCACGUGCUCCACCAUUCCUACUGCUACCACCCUGAUGUCAUGAAGCUCUCGUGCACAGACACCAGGAUCAACAGUGCGGUUGGGCUGACCGCCAUGAUCUCUACUGUGGGCGUGGACUCAGUCCUCAUUCUCCUUUCCUAUGCUCUGAUUGUUAGGACUGUCCUCAGCAUCGCUUCCCGAGAAGAGAGGAAGAAAGCCUUCAGCACGUGCAUCUCCCACAUUGGGGCUGUGGCUAUAUUCUAUAUUCCAUUGAUCAGUCUGUCCUUUGUUCACAGAUUUGGAAAACGAGCUCCACCCUAUGUCCAUACCAUGAUUGCUAACACCUACCUGACGGUCCCUCCUGUCAUGAACCCCAUCAUCUACAGUGUGAAGACCAAGCAGAUACGUAAAGCUGUGAUAAAAAUCCUCCAUCCUAAGGAAAUAUAG